AUGACUGGAUAUGACUUCCUAACCGAGUCUGCCACCACACCUCGAAUAUCAUCAAUAUCGGCCUCACAGGCUCUCCGCGCUUCGUCAACGCAGUUUCCUUCUACUUCUGCGGCGGCGUCUGCUGCGCGUUCCUUGCCUACCGGUCUGGAUGGGUUAGAUGAUGCAUUAUGCGUAACGACUGGACUGCUGUCGUCCGGAAUUCCGAGAGGAAGUAUUACGGAAAUUUAUGGACCGCCUGGUGUUGGGAAGACUGCUUUUUCGUUGAAUAUAGCAGCCAAGGUCUUGACGGCCGGGGAUGAUGAGAAGGUGAUAUGGAUUGAUACCGGGUCCCCAAUUCCCAAACCCAGGCUUCGGGACUUGUUGAUCAGCAACAUCAAAUCAUCCACCACCACCACCACUACCACAGAAGUGGAUAUUACAAACAAACUUAAUGAUUGCAUCACUCGCGUCAUCCACAUCCGCGCCCACUCCCUCCCUCAUCUCCUAUCCCUAUUCACACACCCACCACCCAACUUCCCUCCAAAGGGGACAAGUCUGAUCGUCAUCGACACAGUCUCCGCUCCCUUUCAGUCCUACUUCCCAAACGCGACGGAACUCAAAUCCCGCCUCGGCCUGAGACAACAACACCCUCAACAAGAUCCAGGAUCUGGGCCUGGCCCUCUUCAAGCCCAAGCCCACCAACUCCAAUGGCUCUUAAACCGCAAAUGGAACGUGACCAGCGACAUGAUCAAUAAAAUCACUAAAUUCGCCGCUACGCACAAUCUUGCAGUUAUUGUGCUAAAUCAGACACAUACGAAGAUCAAGGGUCAGCCACGGCCAACGCUAUACCCGGCGUUGGCGGGUGGGUCGUGGGAGACGUGUGUCCAAACGAGGAUUGUGUUGUAUCGUGACCAUCCCCCUUCUCAUUUGGACACGGGCCAUGGUGGAGGAAGAGGGAUGAAAGUGAGAUAUGCGGAGGUUAUGAAGAAAGGUGGGAAGGUGGUUAGUAUCCGGGUUGAGGGGAAUGUUUUUCCGUUUGUUAUUGAGACUAGCGGAUUACGAGAGUUACGGCCUACAUCCAACAAUACGCAAGGGUCAGAUCAGCAGCAACGAAGCAGUCUACUCCCCUCUCAUCCACUAUCUCAAUCAGCGUCAACAUCAGCCAUGACAGUACGAAAACGAAAAGUUGACGAAAUCGCAGAUAGCGAGGACGAGGAUGAAGACGAGUUCCUAGAAGGGCAGGAUGAUGACUUCCGAUGGGACGGAGAUCAAGACGAAGAGAGUGUGCCACUAGACGAGAAAGAUAAAGAUAGUGAACUAAAUAAUAAUAACUAG